CAACCAUUAAAUACCAGAAAUUUUUCAUACCUUGAUCAUCUAUAUCCUCACUUUUAGUGAUAGUUUCCUGAGUUUAACAACUUGAAUUGUCUUCAAAACUCAUUUCACACGCACUCAACAUUUCUUCAUGGAUCCAUCAGUUGAAGAACUACAUUUCCCUGACAUUACUAAGAUCCCCAUAACCAUCGACCGUAUAGCUCCAGUCCUACCAGCAGGCUCUAUUCCGGUUGGCCAUGGGGAUACCCUAUACCUCUCAAACCUAGAUGACAUGGUUGGAGUUCGUGUCUUUACUCCAACCAUAUACUUUUACCACCGACCGCAUUGCAUUUCUAAUCAGAAACCAGUGGUGAUGAAUAAUACCCUUAAAGAAGCCCUUGCGCAUGUACUGGUGCCUUACUAUCCUUUCUCAGGUAGGUUACGAGAGGCGGGAAACGGAAAGCUAGAAGUGUUUUUUGGGCCAAACCAGGGAGCAAUUCUUGUGGAGGCACACUCACAAAUGAGUUUAGAGGAUCUUGGAGAUCUUACUGUUCCAAAUCCUGAUUGGAAGACUCUGGUUUACAGUUUCCCAAACGAAGAACAGUAUAAAGUGAUUGACAUGCCUUUGUUAAUAGCCCAGGUAACUCGGUUCAACUGUGGUGGGCUGAGUCUUGGGCUAAGAAUCUGCCAUUGCCUCUGUGAUGGCGUAGGAGCAAUGCAGUUUCUCAAUGCAUGGGCUGCCACAUGUAGAGAAGGUGGUUCGUUCAUACUAAGCCCCAAACCCUAUUGGGACAGAGAAUUUUUUCGAGCACGUGACCCCCCGAAAUUCGAAUACCCACAUGCCGAGUUCUGGAGAAUCGACGACGGAUCAAGCCUAACUAGAAGUCUUUGGGAAGCGAAGCCCUUGCAAAAAUGUUAUAGGGUUACACGAGAGUACCAGGCUGUUGUGAAAAGCCUAGCCCGACCCGCUGGGGAUUCCACCACCACCACCUUUGAUGCCAUGGCAGCUCAUGUAUGGAGGUCAUGGGUUCAAGCCCUCGGCGUAACGCCUCUUGACUAUCAGCUCCGGCUUACAUUUGCUGUCAAUGCACGCCAGAAGCUCAAGAAUCCGCCUUUGAGAGAAGGGUUUUAUGGCAAUGCAUUGGCCGUGGCUUGCGCCACAAGCACGGUAGCUGGGCUUCAUAAUGGGCCUUUGACGGAAACAACCCGGUUGGUUCGCGAGGCACGCUUGGCCGUGUCAGAGGAAUACCUGCGGUCCACAAUUGACUACAUUGAAGUGGACAGGCCUAGGAGGCUUGAGUUUGGAGGGAAAUUGAGCAUUACCCAAUGGACCAGAUUCUCAUUAUACGAAUCUGCAGACUUUGGUUGGGGAAGGCCCAUUUAUGCCGGCCCAAUAGACCUGACUCCAACCCCACAAGUUUGUGUUUUCUUGCCAGGAGGAAGUGGGGUUCCUGAUGGAACAAUGCUUGUUUGCAUUUGCCUCCCAGAGUCUGCAUGCAGUAAAUUCAAAGAGCUUUUGAGCUGCUGCUCUUCCAUCAUAACUCUCAGCUAGAUGAGCCAAGCAUUACUUCGGACAAUUAGAUUUAUAUGUAAGAUCCAAUAUAUGUCCAGAUUAAAAGCUAUAAUCAGUCUAGAAGGCUGACUUUCUUAUUAUUCAAAAAAAACAUUUUGAUGUGUUCGGUAAUGAAUGCAAUGUUGACC